CGCACAUAAGCUCGUGUCGCCGUUACGGACGCUCGUAGAGCGGCAGCCGCUCACUCAGCUAACAUUCGGAGCAGCCCAGCCGCCGCUAAGUUAGCUCGACGUAAAAACAGGUUGAAAGGCACGUUCGACGGUUACGUAUAGUUACUCACUCGGGGGACUGAACGUUCGUCAAAGAGAGCAAUGACGUCGCCUCUUUUACGUGAGCAACUCUUUCGUGCGUCGGCGUGCACGUUGGUAGUUCCGCUUUCACUCCUCGACUUGAUUUGAGUUCGCGGCAGGCGGCCGCCGGUGGGACGCGAGCUCGUUGUUAAUUGUUGCGGGUUAUUAUCGCACGUGACGCGGUUAUAGGUCAGCUGCAUUGUCGGUCGCGAUGGCGAGGAGCGGGAGGACAACAUCUGCCUUGUGUGCGCCGUCACUUUGGCUCGUCGUGUGCGCCUUCAUGUUCCACAUCCCAUCAUCGCUCGCAGUAAUCCUCCGGACCACGGACAAGAUCGUGUGGGCAAAUGAGUUUGAGCCCGUCGAGCUGACCUGCUUAAUAGAGUCCAUCUCCACCAACAACCCAAGGAUUGAGUGGAAGAAGAUUAGGAAUGGCAUCCCGAGCUAUGUGUACUUUCAAAAGAAGAUAGCAGGCGACUUGGAGAACAGGGCGCAGCUCAGAGAGCCGGCAAACAUUGUGAUCUUCAAUGCCACCCGCGCAGACACGGCCGAGUACCGCUGCGAGGUGGCCGCCAUCGACGAUCAGAGGGACUUUGAUGAGAUUCUCAUUAGUCUUGCAGUGAGAGUGAAACCCGUGGUGCCCCGAUGCAGCGUGCCCGAGGCGGUCACGGUGGGCACAUCGUCCGAGCUCAGGUGUCUGGAGAACGAGGGUUUCCCGGCACCCAUCUACCGCUGGUUCCACAACAACGAGGAGCUUCCCCAGGACCCCAAGAACACGCCCAAGUUUAUCAACGCCACAUACACCAUUAACACGGACACCGGAAGCCUGAAAUUCCGCAGGGUGAGGAAGGAAGACGCGGGGGAGUACUAUUGCCAAGCCAUGAAUGACGCAGGUCACGCCCAGUGUCCCUCCCAGUGGAUGGAAGUCUAUGAUGUCAACGUCCUCAACAUUGUUCUCAAGUCUGUCGGCGGAGUGCUAGCGGUCAUUUCUGUGAUGGGUUGCAUUUGGCAUUGCGUUCCACGCGUCUUCUCCACCAAAAAAGGCCACAAUGAAAACGAAUUCACUUGGCCGGCACAGAAUGACGGAGUCGACUAUGGCGAUGCAGAUGAGGGACAUUUCCGCCACAAGUCGUCAUUCAUCAUCUGACAUUAAGUAGAAGUGACGACGAGGUUAAUGUGCAACAACAAUGGCACGUUCGGUUAAGUUCAAGCUGUAACAUGGCACACACUGAUGCACAUCGAAAUCAAACCAACUUGCCAAAGUAAUGUUCUAUAUGGUUUUGUGACACUAGUUUGUUUUUAUAGCGUUGACAGAUUUUAUAUUUGACUGUUCAGUAUUCCUUUCAUCAGCCACCGCUCACUUGUAGAAUUUAUUUUUUUAUUUCCCACAUUUUUCUACUAGACAGUAAAGUCAUUCAUUCACUUCCAAACUGUGACAUUUAGCCAAAUGAUGGUGGCAAGGGAUGUGUCGGAGCAACAUUCCAUCACAAAUUUUGAAACUAAUUCUCUUUUCUAACGGUUUUUUUUUAAUACACUGAACUUGUUUUACAGAAGUCGUCUUGUGUUUUGUCUGUGCUCAUGUGAGAAACAUUGUGUUAUUUUUUUUCUUUUUCCAAGUGACCAUGGGUUUAAAGCAGUAUUUGUACAUAUUGAAUUUGUACUGGCAAUAAAUAGCAAAUUGAAAACAGAGGAUAUCAGAUAACAUGAGGCACAAUUUAUCCGCCUUGAGCAUAGUUACAAAUGAGAACAUUACAUGUACAAGUUACCCAGUGGAUCUGAAUACGAUAUAUCCCACUUUGCUGCAAAUUUAGAAUUUACUAUUAAAAAGUGGCAAUGUAAGACUACAGAGUGCUGUUUGUGUAUAAGUGACCUUCUGUGUGUUAAUACUUUUUUGGUUGUAGGUAUUGGACAUAUUGUCCAGUUUUGCCUCAAUAUUGUACAUAAAUGCUAAAAUGUUUCCCCCCCCCCCCCCCCCCCACCCCCCACCCCAGUACCUUAUUGUAAAUAAGGCAAUAAGCUGUUCAAAUUGAUCAUUUUACAGUACAGUAUUUACUGUCUAGUGUUGUUUCAAACUUUUUUUGUCUUCAUGAUUUGUGUAAAAACUCAGGAACUGUUGUUGUACAAUGCCUACUGUCAAUGGUUGAUUUUUGUUAUGAUUAAAA